AAGGAGUACUGGAUAUCCGACAACGUUGCUAAGUAUCCAAAGGAUUCGAGGAACUUCAUAAUCGAAACCGUUUUCAGCACUAUGGAUGAAGAAAGCUCAGAUAUUUACUCGUAUUUGUGUUAUCUAAAUGAAAACACUAAGAGGAGGUGAACCUAAUAACAUCGUUUAUUUGCCAUUCGCCGUUGUUUAUAAACAAAAUCAGCCCAUCACUAAUUUAGAGCUUUUGAGGGAACUUUUACCCGAAAUGAUUUCAUUAGUAAAUAAAUAAAAGAACUGCACACAACACAGACGGUCAUCAUUAAUACUAAACCAGAACCAAAAAUGACGUCAACAACAAACCUUUUAAGUAUUGGAAAUGACACCGAGGAACUAUAUAACAAGUUGCAGAAAACAAGCAACCCGAAAGCAUAUUUUGAGUUCGAGUUUGAGAACCACAUGCGGAAAUUACUACUCAAUGGCAAAAAACCCAAGGAGCUGGAUGAAAAGUCCAUCCAAAUCGGAAGAUUUGUCGCCGCUGAGAUAACGAGAAAUGGCAAGCAGUACUACGAGUUCGGUCCUGACAGAUACGAAACUGGAGUAAUCGUCAGUGUAUGCUCAUUUGUGCCCAAUGACAUGGUCUUCCGCGUGAAAAAUAAGAUUGCCAAAGAACACUGGGUUAACGAAAAUGUAAUUCAAUGCAAAAAGAAUUCAAUGUGCAACAUACAGAGUAUCGUAUGCGAAUGCUAUCAGGAAGAGUGCAAUGAUAUCUACCAAUAUUUGUGUUAUCUUAACAAGUAAAAUAAACUAAUAUAAACAUAUA